AGAAGUAGCAAGAGAAAAUGACCACAUUCAAGGAGGUAGUGACAUUCAAGGACGUGGCUGUGGUCUUCACGGAGGAGGAGCUGGGGCUGCUGGACCCCACCCAGAGGAAGCUGUACCGAGAAGUGAUGCUGGAGAACUUCGGGAACCUGGUAUCUGUGGGGCAUCAACCAUUCAAACGAGAUAUGGUCCACUUGGUAAGGGAAGGAAAGUUUUGGAUGAUGAAGUUAGCAACCCAAGGAAAAGGCAAUUCAGGAGACAAAAUCCAACACAAGAUGGAGACUAUUCCUAAAGUGGAACCACAUGAAGAACUUUCCUGCUGGCAAAUCUGGCAGCAUAUUGCAGAUGACUUAACCUGGUGUCACGACUCCAUGAUACAGAGUUCUCAAUUCCACAGACCAUGGGAUUUACCCAGCCACGUUGAGGCAGCACGGUCUAUAACCCACACAGGCCAGAAGACUUCCCUGGGAAAUGAGUGCAAAAAGAUCUUUAGUGAUACCUCCCACUGUGAUCUUCGACACAUAAACUCAGGGGAGAAGUCUCACACAUGUCGCGAGUGUGGGAAAUGCUUCUUUUAUAGCUCAGCGCUUCGUAUUCAUCAGAGAGUUCACCUGGGAGAGAAACGGUAUAGGUGUGAGGAGUGCGGUAAGGAAUUCAGUCAGAGCUCAUGCCUGCAAACUCAUCAGAAAAUCCACACCAUAGGGAAGCCAUUCAAAUGUGGGGAAUGUGGGAAAGGCUUCAGUCGUAGAUCAGAACUUAGUAAUCAUUGCAGGUUACACUCGGGAGAGAAACUUUAUAAGUGUGAGGGAUGUGGAAAGGCCUUCAUUAAUGCUUGCCAUCUUCAGGACCAUCAGAGAGUCCAUACCGGGGAGAAGCCAUUCAAGUGUGAUAUCUGUGGUAAGAACUUCCGUCGUAGAUCAGCACUUAAUAGUCAUUGUGUGGUCCACAUGGGACAGAAACCAUACAAAUGUGAAGAAUGUGGAAAGAGCUUCUUUUCUAGGACACAUCUUUAUUAUCAUCGGAGGUUCCACACAGAGGAGAAACCUUAUAAUUGUAAGGAAUGUGGGAAGAGCUUCAGGUGGGUCUCACCUCUUUUGACACAUCAGCGAGUCCACAGUGGAGAAAAACCAUUCAAAUGUGAAGAAUGUGGGAAGGGAUUUGGUCAGAAAUCGUGCCUGCAAGCUCAUCAGAAAGUCCACACCAGAGAAAAGCCAUACAACUGUAGGACAUGUGGUAAGCACUUCACUAGGACCUCAAAUCUUAAAGUUCAUCAGAGAGUCCACACUGGAGAGAAACCGUACAAAUGUAAUGUGUGUGACAACACUCACAUCAGCGUAAAUAACCCAGAAAUUGACCCCGACACUGGCAGAACAAAGUCAACAUCUAAAGGUGUAGAAGAGGCCAUAUCAGAGAAGGUAGGAAGGGCAAAGAUGCAGUUUGGGAGUGAGCCAGACUGGCCGUCUGUGGAGGGGAAGGAGCCAGUGGUGUAG